GCUGCAUCCCAGCUGCGGAGAUUGCUUAAUUCCAGCUGCAUCAGAGGCACUGGCUGGGUCCCUUCCCCAGGGUAGGUCGUGCAUUUGGGACCAGUCUCGAGGUCACAUCCACCUUCCCCGCCCCACCGCACAGGGACACCCCAAGCCCAGUGACCAUGCGGCCCGCAGUGUCCAUCGCUCUGAUCCUCGUGGCUCUGACGGUCCUGGCAGACUCUGCUCAGGGUGAACCGACAGAGCCAACCCUGACCCAAAAGUUUGAGAAGUUCCAGAACAAGCUGCAGGCCUUUGCUGAGAGCAUUGCAGAUAAAACCAAAGCUGCCUUCCAAGAACUGCAUCACAGCGAGUUCAGCGAAAAGACCCGGAACUGGUUCUCUGAGCAAUUCCAGACCUUAAAGGAGAAGUUCAAUGAGAAGUUUUCCAGGGACUGAUCUGACUGAAAGGGUUUUUUUCUGCAAAGCUCACAGGCAAUUCCUGGGGUACUGGUCCCCUUGAAGAGAUCAUGCUGGGAGGGGAACCCAGGGUUGGCACCCAAGUUCUUGUUUUCUAUUGCUUUUGUUGUAGCCAUGAAUAAAUGCUCAUUGCCUUAGUGCUGGGUUUGUA